GAAAAAUCCCAGAAUGUUAGAAGUGAAAAAAACAGAUUUAGAUUUCUUUGAUCUUAAAAAAUGUGCAUUUCUGUGUUUAUGUGGCAAGCACAUCCGAUAUAUCCCUUUCUUCUUUUGCUCAACAGAGAUGAAUACCACAACAGGCCUACGAAGCCGGUGGGAUGGUGGGAAGGUAGUAUGAUAUUGGGAGGGAAAGAUGAAGUAGCAGGUGGAACAUGGCUGGCCUGUUCAGGAGAAGGAAAAGUGGCUUUUGUAACAAAUGUAUUGGAGCUUCAUACCCUCCCUGAGGCUAAAAGCAGAGGAGAUCUCCCUAUCCAUUUCCUCGAGAGCGAAAAGAGUCCAAUGGAGUUUGCUGAGGAGUUGGUUAAAGCUGCACAUCUGUAUAAUGGAUUUAAUCUGAUAGUGGCUGAUCUUCCAUCAAAAUCCAUGGUUUAUAUAUCCAACAGACCUAAUGGGGAAUCUAUUUCAGUUCAGGAAGUCCAUCCAGGGAUUCAUGUGCUCUCAAAUGCAAAGUUGAACUCUCCUUGGCCAAAGGCUUUGCGCUUGGAACGGAAAUUCAAAAUGCAGCUUGAUCGAUAUGGUGAAGGGGAAAUAUAUGUUAAGGAGAUGGUCGAAAGACUCAUGAAGGACACUGUAAAAGCCGACAAAGGCAAAUUGCCUAAUAUUUGUUCACUUGACUGGGAAUUCAAUUUAAGCUCCAUAUUUGUUCAAGUAGAUACCCCACUGGGAAGGUAUGGCACUAGAAGCACUGCUGCAUUGACUGUAAAUGCAAAUGGGGAAGUCAGUUUUUAUGAGAUUUAUCUAGAGAGGAACAUUUGGAAAGAGAAAACCCUGAAUUUCUACAUCGAGAAGUCCUAGUUCUAAGGGUUUCAUCAUAUCAAUAAGCUACCAUUAAACCCAAAACAUUCCCAUAAAUCUUUUGUUAAGGUGUGCAAAUCAUAUAGAAUUAUUCGGUAAAAAAGGCAAAGGUGCAACAUUGUACUGCAAUUCUAUUUUGAAAUAUAUAAAUAAUAAGUCCAGCUUGAUUA